AUGAGCAGCGCCGAGACGCCGCCGCCGCUCGGCGCCGGGCCGCGGGCUCAGCCCGCCUGGAAGCGGGAGAUCCUGGAGCGCAAGCGGGCCAAGCUGGCCGGGGCGGCCGGCGGCGAGACGGAGCCCCCGGCCGGGCCGGCGGCGCGGGGCUCGGCGGCGGCGAUGGGCGAGCGGCUGGUGGUGGCCGAGAGCCUGGGCCCGCUCCGGGAGAACCCCUUCAUGCGGCUGGAGAGCGAGCGGCGGCGGCUGCGGCAGGGGCUGCCCGGGCACGGCCCCGAGGCGGCGCGGCCGCUGCAGCAGCUGCUGGAGCUGUACAGCGCCGUGCCGGGCAUCCGCACCAUCCGCGCCGACAACAUCCUCAUCAUCGAGUCGCAGCCCGACGCCGCCGCCGCCUCCUGCUUCGCCGACGGGGACUCGCUGCCGGGACGCCGCCGGGAGCCGGCCGCCGCCUCCCCGCCUCCCCGCCCGGACCCGCUGCGGGAGCUGCUGGCCCGCCGGGGCGCCGCGCUCGCCGAGAUCCGCGCCGAGCAGGUCUUCAUCUACGAGGCGGCCGAGCCGCCCGAGGCGGCCGAGCCGGGCACCGUCAGCCGCCUCCUGGAGAAGUUCGGGCAGCGACCGCGGGGCCGCCGCCGCCGGGGCGGGGAGGCGCUGCCCGGGCCCGCCGCCGCCGCCGCCACCCCCCGGGCCGGGCCGGUUUCCCCGCCGCCGGUGCCGAGCUCCCCCCGGGCCGCGGCUCCCCCGAAGGCGGGGCCGGGCUCCGCCCGCGCCUCGGCCCCGAAGACGGGACCGGGACCCCUGCCGGCGGCACCGGGCUCCCCCCUGCCCUUGCCGACCUCCCCCCGGGCCGCCACCCCCCAGCCGCUGCCGGCGCCCCCCCAGUCCCCGGCGACCCCCCGGGCUGCCACCCCCCAGCCCCCGGCUCCCCUGGCAGCCCCGGUCUCCCCCAGGGCUGUGGCCCCCCAGGCGGUCCCGGUCUCCCCCAGGGCUGCGGCCCCCCAGGCGGUCCCGGUCUCCCCCAGGGCUGCGGCCCCCCAGGCGGUCCCGGUCUCCCCCAGGGCUGCGGCCCCCCAGGCAGUUCCACUCCCUCCCCAGGCACCGCUGGGUGUCCCUAAGGCCGCGGCUCCCCAGGCCAACUGCUUCCUCCACAAGAUUGGCUCCAACUCCUUCACUGUGACCCCACGGGGUCUGCCCCCUGCCGGCCGUGUCCCCGAGCCUGCUGGCCAUGUCCCUGAGCCCCCUGGCUGUGUCCCCAAGCCCAUCGACUGUGUUCCUGAGCCCAUCAGCCGUGUCCCUGAGCCCCCCGACCAUGUCCCCAAGCCCAUCGACCGUGUUCCUGAGUCUUCCGGCCGGAGCGUGCCGCCCAAGGGGCUGACAGUGCCAUCCACCAGCGCUGCCAACGCCAGGAGGCCAAAGCAGGAGGAGGCUGAAGCGGCUGUGUCGCCCCCACCCAGUGCCAGUCUGGCCCCCAGUGCCACCCAGCCGCUCUCUGCGUCUGCCCCCAGGGCUGGGGGCUCCUUUGAGAUCCUCCCGGCCCCCAAGCCUGACUUGGCUGCCAUCCCUGCCCAUGACCUGCAAGCGCAGGCCCUGGCCAAACUGCGCCUGAAUUCGCGCAACUCCUUCGUCUUCGUGCCCCGACGGGAGGGCGGCCCGGCUCUGCCUGCAGCACAGAGCACAGGAGCGAGGCCACCACUGUCCUCGCAGCAGAAGGUACAGAAAGAGCCCCCGAGGGUUUCCGCUCCGGAGCAGGAAGAGCCUGUCGCUUCCCUGCCGGCGCCUCUGGAUCCGUUGGUACCUGUGACUUACAUCGAUGACAUUGUGGAGCCAGACAGCGGGGAGCUCUCCCCCAGGGUCAGCUUGGCCACGAGGACGGGGAACUUGGCGGAUCAGCCUGGAGGAGCUGGCCCUGACCUGGAGAUGGAGUUUUCCUCUGUGCCCCUCUACAGACCUCACUCUGCCUCCCCUGGCCUCCAUCAGAGGGGAGGCAACACCUUCACUGUCGUGCCCAAAAGGAAGCCCGUUGUCUCGGAGCCACAGACUCUUACUGAUGCUGGUGGAAGGCCUCAGCGGGAGGAAGAGGAGGAGGAGGAGGAAAGCAAAGGAAAAGGCAAAGCUGUGGAGAAUGCUGAUGGGCCCCAGGCAGGGUUGUCCCAUAAAAAGCGCUACCCCACCGUCAACGAGAUCGAAGUGAUCGGUGGGUACCUGUCCCUGGAGAGGUCCUGCAUGAGCAAGACAGGCUCUCGCCGCAAGAAGAUGAAGAUCUCCUUCAAUGAGACAAGUUUGCAGACCAUGUUUGAGUAUCCAUCAGAGAGCUCGCUGGCAGAAGAAGAGGACGAAGAGGAAGGACACGCUUCUGAAACAGAGGAGGACAAGUCUUGCACCUUUCACAUUCCACGCCCAAAUAGCACUUUGCAUCCCAGUACACCUAACUCAGAUCUAUCCAGCUACACCCCAAAGCACUCUGUGAAGUUCAGCGAGUGGCAGGAGCAGAAGUACGAGGAGAUGCCUGCCUCCGAGAGACCCCUCCUGAAGGAAGCUGACUCCCAUGGGAACCAAGUCAUGCUCACCCCAGCGGAGAAGGGCGGACUCUCCGACUUCAGCAGUGAGCCUGCCCUGUACUUCUGAUCGCUUCAUCCUGUAGCCUGCAGCAGCAGCUGCUGGACAGAACCCGUCAGUGCACCUCCCGAGACUCCACGCAAGCACCACAGAAAUAAGCUUCUGGGUCCCUCCCUCAUCACAGUUUUCAUAGGAUCCUGAUGCCAAGGGUGGACUAGAUGCCAUUGGGUGUCUAUGGAGGAUAUUUGCACUGGAUUCUGGGACCUAACUACUACUUUUAGGGCAUAUGAUUUAUUCUGCCUGUGGCCUUGCAUAUUCCUUGUUCAAGAUCAGCUGUCGAUUAGACAAGCCUCUUAAGAACCCAUCUGUAAUACAGGAUGGAUGUAGAUUCUCCUAGUGCUUACCCGAGUCCGCUCAUCCAAGCACUGUAUGGGGUCUGGACAGCUUUUGUAACACUUCCUCACUGGGGUCCCUAACGAGAGGACAGUUCUGAAGGUUGAGCACUGGGAAUAUCUGGGCAGGUAGCUGUUGUGGUUGUGAUGUGACAGUGGGAUUACAGCAGGUGUCAGCUCGGAGAACUGUUGAAGGUUCCCGGUUUGUUCCCAACAUGUUUCUGGGUCUAGUUUCCCUGAGCUGUCAGGGAAUUUAUGUGCCAGUUACAUUCUUGUGAAGGAAGCUGAAUUUGAGGGGUGGGAAGGGAAAUAAAUGCUUUUAGUUUUAGGUGUCACUUUUGCACUGAUCUGUAAAGACGCGUCCAGGCUAGCUUGGCUUGAGCCUCUUGAAGAUUCCCAAACGUUGGCCAUAGCUUUGAUCUUUCCGUAACUGCCUCUGCUGUCCAGUCUCUAAUAAUUGCUAUUUGUGCUUGUUUGCCAGUUCCUCUUGUUUUGUUCCAGAAUCUAAUGAGGCCAGGUCCAAGAUGUAUUUGUCUUGGUGGGGAGACUUGCUUCUUGCCGUGCUCACUCUGCUUCUCUAUGCAAAGCACAGAAGGGCUGUUUCACUCCUUUCUUCUGCAGAACUUGAACAAGGAAUAUGAUUUUUUCUAGUGUUUUUAUAGUUCCAUUGUAAAUGUUUAAUGCAGCCAAUAUGCAAAGGAAUCUGCUAGACUCUUCCAUUUAAAUUCUUUACUACUGUAAACUCAGGGUCAAAAUUGCACUCUGGAAAAGACUGAACACUGCUGCUAAUGUGAUUUGUACUUCUGAGAUUAAAAGAGAUGCGGUUGGAAUAGAUAUGGCCUCUUUGGGCUUGAUGAAAUGAGUGGUACCCCAGCAUGUGGCUCUAUCUAAAGGACCCGGCUGGCAUCUUUUACAUUUGAUGCUUUUAUUGGUUUGUCUAUUAUAUAUAGACAAUGAAUGUCUAGUCAAGCUGACACCGAUCUAAGAACUGAAAAUGUUCUGUAUGCCUUGCACUCAUUUUGGUGUAUAUUGUAGCAGCAGGAGGAAGUUUGUUCUGCUGAAAAAUACAGUUGAGGAUAAAUGCUAGGCCAUACCUGUUCUCCUCUUCAUCUGCCCUGGGUGCCUGUGUAUUUCAGGAAAGAUAAUCCAUAAGAAUGAGAUACCAGUUUGUUAAAUGUUGGCUGGAGGUAUAAGGAGCACUUUUCUUCUCCUUGCACUUCUAAGACUUGUCCUUUUACGAUUAUCUAGAAAUGGCAGAAAUACAGUGGAAAGAGCAGUGAAUCCCAUGUGCUGAAGUCUUUUCCCAGUAAUGAAACACUUAAAAAGCAAGAUGCUAAGACUGCUGGUGAUUUAAGGGAAAACUAAACUAUCAGAUACGUGAACACUGAGCAGUGCCCACAGCCAGUAGCUGCACACAGGGCCAAAGGUGAGCAGGGAGGAAAACAUUCUGCACAUUUUUUCUAGUAGAAAAGGUCCCAGUGAGCAUCUUUUACUGCAGAAAGCUCAGGCCAUGGCCUUAUAGCAGCCCCGUCUCUAGAGUUGCAGCCUAACAAAACUGCAAGUGGUGAAGCAAAAGCUGCUUGCAGUUUAAGUUAGGGACAAGCUGUUUGAACUAGUCCUGGCUUCAUUCUGCUGUGGAUCAACAAAGUGAACAAUAUCCUCCAGGUUGCUUCACUGACUUCAGCUGACUGAAAUGCUGCUCUGGUACUCUGCGUGCUGAUCUCAGUGAAUGAGCUCUGUGCCUGCACCUUCUCUACUUAGGACGGGCUCGGUGGAGGCCUGAGAGCGCAGCGUGCAUCUCAGGAGGGGCCCAUGGUGCUCUGGUGUACUGCUGACCUCUCUCUUCCCUCUCCCAGUUUGCCCACUCUGCCUUGUGGCUGUGACUCGCACCUCGCUGAGUGCUGCCUUUGCACUUCCUGGCUUUGCGUGCUAAUCCCUGUCUGUACCAGACGAAUGCUUAGCUUGUUCUUGGCAAAGCAAGCUGAAGGCUGGCUCAGGGCAGGAGCAUUAGCUCAUGUGUCACCUCCUCUGAUAUGCUUUGGUAUCACUGUGCCCAAAAGAAAGGGUAUUUUUGUAGGAUACCUACCCUGAUCCCUAGCAUGAGGGGAUUACCUUUAGCAGUCCUCUAACUAAUACCAAAGUGCAUUUGAAAGGAAAACGUACUCCUGCAAACAAAGACUUUUAUUAAAUGUGGCAUCCUUGUACCAGAACAGCAGCUGUCCCAGACCAACAGGCUUUGCCAGGCUGAAGAACAAGUUUAGGAAUGCUUUUGUCCACUUGUUCGUUUUUCUUUUUGUUUUGAAGUGCUUUUCGGCUCACUGGCUUUACUAGCACUCCCAAUUUCUCCCUUCAGGACAUCUAGCAAUGUCUGAGAACUCUCCAGAAUCUGGGAAGGAAGGAAAUAAAAACAGCUUAUUUUUUUACAUCAACUAAACAGUUCUCUCUGAAUUCACCUGAUCUACCUUGGAGCAAGAGGGACUCUCCAUCCCUUAGGAUGAUACACCGCUGAGAAUUAGGUAUUCUAUCUCACUGCAGGAAUAUCCGUGGAGGAAUUUCCCUGGUUUAUGCCCAUUUUUUGAAUAAGAAAUAAGCAAUUUAUCUGUCUUCGAACACAGGACAGAGAACUUCCUGCUGCAGCAGGCUGUGGACUAAACUUUAGUUUUUAAGAGAUGCUGAUACUUGGGCUUUUUAGAUCAGUAUUAGAAUUGUACUCAGACACCGUUUCAACUGUCUUCUACUACUAAAACUGCACACUUUAGGUUUCUUGCUUCAAGAUGUUACUCAACUCCACAAUGACCUUAAGUCAGACUAAAUCUUUCUACUUUUAUUCAUUUUCUUCUGUUUUUAGCUUAUGUUUUAUAUAAUUUAGCACUCGCACUUGUGGUGCGUUAGGAUACAAGGCUAUGCUAGGCUUAGAAAAUCUUGUUGCCUGUCCAUCUCCCCGGUGUAAAGUUUUAACACGGUGGACAACUGUAACAAAAUGUUAUAGCAGGGUUGUAGUCCCAAAGAUCAUUUUUACACUCCUGUGAACUUGUGGAAAUCAUUAAGUGGUCAGAGAAGAGAUGAAGGCAAGUGCCCCGCAGGCCGAGACGCCAGUAGAAGUUGGGAUUUUGUCGUCUGUGUCCACGGAAGAAUGCGGUGGAUGGGGACGGAGUCCUGCGACUCAUGGGCUGGGGAAAGGCAAGGAGUAUGAUUACAGACAAGAGAUAGAAAUCCACAGGAAAGGAACUUUGUUACUUGUUUCUAUUUGCAGGAUGUCUGCAUUUCCUCUCCUAACCACCUUGGCUUUUUACCUACUGUGACUUUGUCUUCUAAUUUCAAUAAACAUGAAUUCGUUUGUA